AUGGUGGCGAGCGACGACGACGGAUCGUCUCCGCCCCUCUUUCUCUCUGACCCGGAUCCCCAAUUCCCCAAUUCGAAAGACGCGACUUCUGAGAGAGAACGGUGUUCUGAGGCGGAGGAUGGCGACAAUUGGUUCAAGGGCGCGGGAUUAUCUGGCCUCCGUUACUACAUGAGUCAGCUUAGACCCGUCGGUGGUUGUAGCCGGCGAGGCAGUGGAAGGCGAUGGCUCCAUUUCACGAGGUCGGCGAUGGAUGGAAGAGGAAAGGGAAUUUAG